AUGCCGAUAAACAUGUUUAGCUGCAUCCUUUUGGAACAUAUUUGGUGGAUUCGAAAUCGUGUCAUGCAUGGGAAAGACAUUGAAAGCCUGGAAUUUUCCAUGCAGACAAUCACCAUCAGGUUUAACGAAAUUAAAGACUCCAUCUCGCAUGAUCUUAUGGGCCGUCCAACCGUUUCAUCCAUUAAUAGUAGACAAGGUUGGAGCAGACCGACAGUAGGAACAUUCAAAAUCAACACCGAUGCUGCUUUGAGCAAACGAGGAAGCUGUCUGGCCAUGGUUGUGAGAAAUGCCGCAGGAAACAUUCUCCACAUCCGAUCCUUCAAAUCUGUGAUUGAUAUUCCAGAUGCGGCGGAGAUGGAAGCUAUUCUGAAGGCUUUGCAAGUGGCUUAUAGUUACGGAUGGAGUAAUAUUUGCUUAGAAUCUGAUGCUUCCGCUGUCAUUGAUUCCUUAGCUACCAAGAAUAGAAAGGCUUUUCACUGGCAAGCUGAGCACCUUGCGAAUCUUAUAUUUCAGUUGACUCAUGUGUCUUUUGUCUGGACUGCGAGAGAAAACAAUAGGUGUGCUCACCUAGUUGGGCAGUGGGCUAAGAAAUUUAGUUUUUUUGGAGAGGUAGAUUUAUAUUCCCUGCCUCCUUAUUUUGUAAGUCUGUUGAUUCAGGAAAGCGAUCGUGGUGUAGCUACCUGA